UUUUUUGAGUUGAGUGGAUGUUUCCUUGGAGGAAAAUAUAUGUAUACGUUGUUGUGUAUAUAUUCAUUUGCUGAUGUUCAUUCCUUUGUCCUUUUGUGUAAAAAAGUUCCAUCCUUUAUUGUACAUAAGUUUUUUAUUCGUGUUAUUCAAGCAUUAAUAGAAAAUCAAUGUUUGUUCUUUCAUUAUUUUUAUAAAUUGCUGUUUCAAAGUCACACUAAUGGGAAAUGGCAAUGGAGUUUACUAUUAAUUUAAUUUGUUAAGGUAAUAUGGUACUCUAGUUUCUUAAAUAGCGUUUCAGAAUAGAACUAUUCCUUAUGUUUGAGAGUUAUGUUCAGUAAGGAAAAAGGUCAUGGCUAAGGAUUAUUUCAGAGUGGUCAAGAUGAACUUUAUGGGUUUUCAUCUUAAAUUAUUGCUUUUUUUCUUUUUUCCCCUUUCUACAAUGAAGAGUGGAAGUACUCAUAGCAUUGGUCAAGUUGAAGUAUGUGCAGACCAUUUGGCAAGCACGGUCAUGCAUGUUUAUUGUCUUUAGCUGCACUAAUACUAACAUAUUGUGGCUUAUUAACAUCAAUUAUAAUAAGAUGUUUUACAAUGCAAAUUGGAAUGGCAGAUUUGUGCUUUUGUUGAUGUUAUUAAUCAAUUUUGAAUUUUAAGGAAAUCAAUAGACUGGGUUUUUCAAAAUUUAGUUUUUCUAAUGCUAUAAAGAGAUGUUAAGAACAAAGAUGACUUCAAAAGUUCAAUUUUUUAAGUCAGUAGUUCAAUUAAAUUUCGCUUCUAUGAGCAAAUCAACUGUGUAAAAAGCACCAGAAAUGGUUUGAGAGUGCAUAGAUGGUUUGUUCUAUUAUUUAUUUAUUUUUUUAUUCAAAUUCUCAAAAUUUGCUCUGGUAUACCAUUUUGUUGUCAUGUUGCAACACAAUCCAGAUUUUUUGUUGUUAUGAAAUUUCUUGUCAUGCUAAUCUUGUUUCUACUCUUUCAGUGACAUAUAUAUCUACAUCUAUAUAUAAAUUUGUUCUCUUUUGAGUUCUGGUGUUCAGUUAAAUUAUCUGGCAUAUUGUACUGUUCAAUUGCCUUCGUUUGUUCCCAAUCUGAUUACACUCUCGUGUCUCUUCAUAAUCUUCAUACUGGACUUAGAGGUAUAUUUCCGUCGCCACAAGAGAAAGAAAAUUCUUAUUAACAAAGAUGAGUAUAGUACUACAGCCUCUUCGGCAAAUGCUCAUAAUCAUCUUGGAAUCAAGCUACAGAAAACAUCUGAGACGUCUGCUGUAUGUAAUUUUCUGCAUGGACUGGAUAGAAAUGAGUUUGGUAGUGUGACAGAAGACAUUGAAGUUCUUCAUGCUCAGAAGUUCCAUCAACUAAGACUUUGUUCUAAAUUGAACUUGCCAAUUCCAAUUAUGCAUUACGUUGAAAAGAAGAGGCUGGCGAAUCAGAAGACAACCAGUGUGCCACAGUGUGACGUUAUCAAUUUGGAAGAUGACCCCCCCCAAAGUCAUGUUAUAGCAGCUGAUAUACCUGUGAUAAUUCUUGAUUCAGAUGAAGAAGACAAUGGAUAUCAGAAGCCUUCUCAUAUGUAUAGCAAAAAUUCCUCGAGUGAACCUGCCCACAAACUUUCAGUGACAGUCUCAGCUGUAAAGGAUUGUCAUGAGGUUAGAGCUUCGUGGGAUGAAACUAGAAGUGCUCCUGCUAAUAAUGAUUUCCUAGUAGAUAAAAGAAAAAAUACUGAUACCAAGAAUGAUGCUCAAGUUAAAGACACUGAAAAGGUCAAAGCUUCAAGGGAUUUUGUUGGGGGUUCACUUGCUGAAUGCAAUAUCCAUGCAAAUGAAAGUCCAUAUCCUGGCAUGAAAACUGAUGUCCAAGUUGGUGAUAGUGAAAAUGUCAAAAAUUCAGCGAGUGUGAUUGUAGAUUUGCUGGGUAAAUGUAAAAUCCAGGUAGAUUCAAAUUCAUAUGCUUGCAUGGACAAUGAUAUAGUCAUAAAAGAAGAUUCUCAUCAAGAUGAUAUUGAAGAUGAUGGCUUGGUCACAAUUGAUACUGAUGUUAACAAUUUCGAAAACGACCGUUCUCAAGGUCAUGUGACAGCAGCUGAUAUACAAGUGAUAAUCAUUAAUUCAGAUGAAGAAGACAGUGGAUAUCAGAGGCAUUCUUAUCUAUAUGAAAAUGGCACCUUGAGUGGACCUGCCCACAAACUCCCAGUGAAGGAUUUAACUGCAACGGAUUGUCAAGGGGUCAAAGAUCCAAAGGAUGAAGCUAGACAUUCUCCUGCUAAUUAUUGUUUUCAAGUAAAUAAAAACGAAUAUACUGAUACCGAGAAUGAUAUUCAAGUCGAGGACAAUGAAAAUGUCAAAGCUUCAAAGUGUGAUGUUGGGGGUUCACUUGCUGAAUGCAAUAUUCGGGUAGAUGAAAUUCCACAUUCUGGCAUGGAAAGUAUUGUUCAAGUUAGGAACAGUAAAAAGGUCAAAGAUCCGUGUGAUGUGAUUGGAGAUUCACAUGGUAAAUGCAGUAUCUUUGCAGAUGUAAAUUCAUAUACUAGCAUGAAAAGUACUGCAGCCAUAAAAAAAGAAAAUCAUCAAAUUGGUGUUGAAGAUGAUGCUAUUGUGGAAAAUGAAACUGAAAAUGAUAUACAAAUUAAGGACAAUAAAAGGGACAAAGCUUCAAGGAUCACUAUUGGGAAUUCGCCUACUAAAUGCAGUACCCAAGUAUUGUAUGCUACUAUGGAAAAUCAUAUGGUGAUAAAAGAAGAUAUUCAUCAAAUCAAUGCUAAAGAUAAUGGUUUGGCCAAAAUUGAUACUGAGGGUGAUAUUCAAGAUAUGGACAGCAAAGAGUUCAAAGCUUCAAGGGAUACUGUUGAGGGUUCACUUGAUAAGUGCAAUAUCCAGGUAGACAAAAGACCAUACGCUGUUAUGAAAAUUAGUAUGGCUAUAAAAGAAGAUAGUCAGCACAUCAGUGUUGAAGAUAAUGUUUUAUCCAAAAUUGAUACUGAGGAUGAUAUUCAAGAUACAGUCGGCAAAAGGGUCAAAGCUUUAAGUAUCAAGGUCGAUGACAGUAUGUAUACUGACAUGGAAAAUGCUAUGGCCAUCGAAGAAGAUAAUCGUCAAAUUGAUGUUGAAGAUGAUGGUUUGGCUGAUAUUUGGAAGGAGAUGAAAUUUGCUAGAGACUUUGCUGUGGAUCCUGCCACUUAUGGAUGCCUAGAAGAAGAUGCUGAGGCAUGUGAUCAUUCUUUUGUUUUGAAAGAUGAUCUUGGCUAUGUAUGUCGCAUUUGCGGAAUUAUUCAGAGAAGCAUUGAUACCAUAUUUGAGUUCCAAUACGCAAAGAAAAGGAAUAUGCAUACUUAUGCUUAUGAGCCUAAGUAUACUAUUGGCAAAGAGCCAAUUGGUGGAAUUCCAGUUGGAAUUAACUCUCCUGAUCUAAUGGUGACUGAAAUUGCUGCUCAUCCAAGGCAUAAAAAGGAAAUGAAACCCCACCAAGUAGAAGGCUUUAAUUUUCUUUGUAGCAACCUUGUGGGUGAUAAUCCAGGGGGUUGCAUCUUAGCCCAUGCUCCAGGUUCUGGGAAGACAUUCAUGAUCAUAACUUUUAUACAAAGCUUCCUAGCUAAGUAUCCCAAUGCCAGACCAAUGGUGGUGCUGCCUAAAGGAAUCUUGGCUACUUGGAAGAAAGAGUUUGAGAAAUGGCAGGUGGAGAACAUUCCACUGCAUGAUUUUUACACUUUAAAAGCAGAGAAUCGGUCUCAGCAGUUAGAUGUGUUAAAAAGAUGGGUAAAGGAAAGGAGCAUCCUUUUUCUGGGUUACAAGCAGUUAUCCACUAUAGUUUGUGACAGCAGCAAGGUGGCAGCUGAGUGUCAAGAUAUACUUCUAAAGGUCCCUUCUAUUCUUAUUUUGGAUGAAGGUCACACUCCGCGAAAUGAGGAGACUAAUGUACUUCAAUCCCUCUCAAAAGUUCAAACCCCUCGUAAAGUGGUACUUUCUGGCACCCUUUAUCAAAAUCAUGUUAAGGAGGUUUUCAAUAUUUUGAAUCUUGUUCAUCCACAGUUUCUGAAGUUAAAAGCUUCGAGAAUGAUUAUUAAUCGCAUAAUGGGCAGGGUACAGAUAUCAAGAGUGAGGAAGCAUUUAAAACAUGGUGGAGAUUCUGCCUUUUUUGACUCGGUAGAGUACACACUACAAAAAGACGAAGAUUUCAAAAGGAAAAAGGCUGUGAUUCAAGAUCUUCGUCAGAUGACCAGCAAAGUCCUUCAAUACUAUAAAGGGGAUUUUCUUGAUCAACUUCCAGGGCUUGUUGAUUUUACUGUUGUACUCAAUCUCAGUGCCAGACAGAAAGAUGAGGUUCAGAAGUUAAGGAAGUUGGACAAAUUCAAAAGAAUUUCAUUAGGAAGUGCUGUGUAUAUGCACCCACGGCUUAAAGAUUUUUCACAGGUAUGUUUUGCAACCAGAGAAAAGGGCUCCAAUAUUGAUGAUAGGACAAUAGAUGCUCUAUUAGGAAAUUUGGAUGUGAGGGAGGGAGUGAAAACAAAGUUCUUUCUCAAUAUACUCCGACUAUAUGAAUCUGCUGGUGAGAAGCUGAUGGUUUUCAGUCAGUAUAUUUUGCCUCUAAAACUAUUGGAGAGACUAUCAGCAAAAGUGAAGGGUUGGAGUCUUGGAAAGGAACUUUUUAUGAUUACAGGUGACUCGAACACUGAGCAAAGAGAGAUAUGCAUGGAACACUUUAAUGAUUCCCCAAGUGCUAAAGUCUUCUUUGGAUCAAUCAAAGCAUGUGGGGAAGGGAUUUCUUUGGUAGGCGCAUCCCGUAUUCUCAUAUUGGAUGUUCAUCUUAACCCAUCAGUAACCCGUCAAGCAAUUGGGCGUGCAUUCCGGCCAGGCCAAAAGAAGAAAGUAUAUACGUAUAGAUUGGUUGCUGCUGAUUCUCCUGAGCAGGAAGACUACCUCACCUGCUCAAGGAAGGAGUUGAUUUCCAAGAUGUGGUUCGAGUGGAAUGAACAUUGUGGAGACCAAGACUUUGAAGUAAAAACUACUGAUGUGAAUGAAUGCGGUGACAUGUUCUUUGAAAGUCCAGGGCUGAGAGAAGAUCUGAAUGUGCUCUACAAAAGGUUAAUGAUUCCUUAAGUUUUAUCAUAUAAAAUAUUCAAUUUUGCUUGCGUUGAUGUUUAUAAUUUAUGAUUUUCAGGUAAUUUCCAGGAAAAGAAGGCAAAGAGGCACUCUGAAAUAGACAUCAGUAACUCAGUAUUCCCUUGCUACCUUCAGAGUACAAUCAUCAUUUCUUCUGUCUUCAUAGGGACAUAAUGUGCAGAGUAGGCAAGUACUAGGAAUUGUUGAAAUGACCUUUUUCCAACUUUCCUUACUUAUUUUUGUGGAACCCGAAUCUUAAACCCAUUUGGAUGGUUAGUAGUGCUUGUAGUAUAGCUGAUCAUUUGGGUUCUUCUGCUGUAAUGUCAGCCAAGUUCAUCUUAAGUUAAUAUCUUUCUCCACUGAAUGGUGAAUGUUAUUACAAAAGUUUAAUAUUUGAUUUUGGCUGUUAUCAAUUUCUGA